GCGGGCGGUGCGCUUUACGGCAGAGCCGCCAGGUUCGGCUCCGCCGCCUGCACGCGGGGUGAGCGCGCGGCAGCAGCCAUGAAGAGGCCUAAGCUUCGGAAGGGCAGCAAGCGCCUGACCUGCCACAAGCGGUACAAGAUCCAGAGGAAGGUACGGGAACACAAGAGAAAACUCAGGAAAGAAGCCAAGAAGCGUGGAAACAAAAAGCCCCGAAAAGAUCCAGGGGUUCCCAGUGCUGCACCAUUCAAGGAGGAAGUUCUUCGUGAAGCUGAACAAAGGAAACAAAGGCUUGAAGAACUGAAACAGAAGCAGAAGCUUGCUAGGCAAAAAGAAUUUGAAAAGAAGAGAAAGCUAGAAGCUAAAAAAGAUGCUACCAAACCAAAAAAAGAUCCAGAAGGAAAGGAAUCCACUGUGAAACUGAAAACAAAAUCUAACAAACAGCUAGAUAAAAAUUCAGCAAAAUCAUUUUGCAGGGAACUUAAAAAGGUGAUUGAGGCUUCAGAUAUAGUACUAGAGGUCUUAGAUGCCAGAGAUCCCCUGGGCUGUCGGUGUCCCCAGAUAGAACAGAUUAUUACCAAGUCUGGAGAAAAAAAAAAACUAGUGCUGGUUUUAAACAAAAUUGAUCUGGUGCCAAGGGAGAACUUGGAGCAAUGGUUAUGUUAUUUGAAGAAUGAGUUGCCAGCAGUUGCUUUUAAAUCCUCAAUGCAACUGAAAGACCGGAGUACGGAGAAGCUCACAAAGAAAAGGGGACAUAAAGAUGUGUCAGUAAGCAAUAUGUGCUUUGGAAAGGAAUGCCUUUUGAAGCUUCUUCGAAAGCACUGCAAGACUCAAGAGAAGGCCGUUAAAGUUGGGGUGAUAGGUUUUCCAAAUGUGGGAAAGAGUAGCAUAAUCAAUAGUUUGAAGGAAGUGCGUGUCUGUAAUGUGGGGCCACUGAGAGGUGUGACCAAGUGCAUGCAAACAGUGCAUAUUGACAAAGAGAUCAUCAUAUUGGACAGCCCCAGCAUAGUUGUGUCUCCCUCCAACUCUACUCUUGCUCUGGCUUUGAGAAGCCUCACAGCUGUUGAAGAAUCCAGAAACUUACUAGAUGCAGUUAAUGCUGUUCUGAAACACUGCAGUAAGCAGCACGUAAUGCUGUGCUACAAUAUACCAGACUUCAGAAAUUCACUGGAGUUCUUAACUUUACUUGCUCAGAAAAGGGGUAUGCUGAAAAAGGGAGGUGUCCCUGAUACAGAGAGUGCAGCCAAAUUACUGCUUUAUGAUUUGACAGGUGCCAAAAUAAGUUACCACUCACGACCUCCUAUGUCUCAAAAUCUGUCGUCACAUCUUACUAAAGAGAUGGUAGCAGAAAUGCAGAAAGGUUUUAGUUCAGAGGAGCUAGAAAAGGAUAACAUGAGCACAAUUAAUGCUGUAAAACAUCCCAAUUUGGCCAGCAGUCUUCUUUUCCAGUUUUCUGGCAUGACAAAUGGGGCAACUGAAGAGACUGCAUUGGAAGAGGAAAUGUCAGAACAAGAUGACUUGGAAACUAGUGAAAAGGAGAAUGAUGUAGCCAAUGAUCAGGAAAGCGCUGAGGAAGAAGCAGCUGUUGAGGAGGAAAAUAACAUUCAGGUGGACAACAAAACAAGUCAUCAAAAACCAAAAGUGAAAGAUGCAACCUUAAAAAGGCAACUGGCAGGUGGAGAGCCCAAUAUUUUAUCAUACAACCUAGAUAAAACAGCUGAUGAAGAUGAUGCUUAUGAUUUUAACAUAGAUUAUGCAUAAAGGCAGAAAUGUGCACUCAGAGGCCUGAUUUUUUUUUUUUAAAUGCAUUGUUAACUUUGUAAGCAACUUUGAACACUUUCCUGCUGCCUUUCAGUGCUGCUAAAAUCCUACAGAACACAGGUCUUAAGCAGAGAUUCAGCAUCUCUAUAGGCAUGUAAAACAUUGUAUAUAAUGCAGCAUGCCCUUGUGGGUUUUCACUUGUGAUAUAGUUUGGUAUAAGCAUUUUGUAUUAAAUAAAUGUUAAGAGCUUAACUGUAUUUGCGGGGGGGGGGGGGGGUUCAAAAAAUUAAGCCCAGUACUAUUUUUACAUUUUUUAACUAACCAUGGUAGAUAUUUAAAUUGACGCAAUAUAAAAGUGAAACUGCAUGCAGUUUGUUUUCACUUAAUGUGUGGAUAAACAGACAUGAAUUACUUCAAAUUCCACUUUUAUUUGAAAUGUUUCUCCUUUACAGCAGUAGUUCUCAACUUUUUUUUUCUACCAGGAUCCAUUUAUAAACAUCAACGGCCAGUCCCAACCCAGUGCCCCUCACUGCCAACCUGCUGCCCCCCACACCAAGGCCCCAGCCCCCCAGUGUGUGGGGCCAGGGGGUGGGUCUGUGGGGCAGGGGCCCCAAGCAGUCCUUUGCAGGCUGGAACUCUGCCAGCUUGCAAGGGAGAAGCCAUAGUUUCCCACAUUUUUCUCAUUUAAAGCAGAAUCCAUUUUUAAAGUUUAAUCCAUUUUUUAAAUUUCUUCGCAACCCUUUCAUAUAUUCUUGUAACCCACAGGCUGAGAAACAGUGCUUUAGAGCACGUCUGUAUUGUACAGAUAUACAGGCCAAUCCCAGCUAAAGUGCCUCCAUGUGCUGGAGUAGAUGAUGCUGUGCUAUUCUACCACUUGUAGGCUGGUAAGAAGGAAUCAUAGCACCCUUCAGCCACAAUUCCCCAGUGGCUUCUGAGGAAAGCCAAAUAGAAAUAGCAGAACUCUAUGGAUAGUUGACACAACCUCCAAUAUAUCUUGGUUUCUGCAUGGCAAAAGCAAAGAAUGGAUACCUACCUACCUACCAUUAGUGUCAGCUUCUAGCCUUUCAUGGAGUCCUGCUGUGAGGUAUUGACUCUUCUCUCUAGGUUAAGGUAAAGAGUCUUCGCUUAUCCGGUUAUGCUUUCUGUCUUCUUCCAGUAGCUCUACUAGCUGAUUUGCUGCACCAUUAAAAUCAAAUUCUUCACUGGAAUAGAAGUAUGGAGGAAUGCAGAUGCUGUGCUCUGUUGGCUUCCAAAAUGGCUGCUGCUCUGUGGCCCAGCAGGCAAAAGUAGUAAAAUCCAGCAUUAACCCUCUCAGAGCUACUAAGGAAUUUGCAGUAGUUAUUGGCUGAGCACUGCAGCUUGUGCCUUAAGCAGCAGCUGAGCUAGGUUAGGGGAAGUAAGCUGUUGCAUGCAGUCUGUAGUACCUUAAUGAGGUUUACGUUUCUGUAUAGUAAUACUGCCUUUGCAAGGGACUGAGGCCUAGCUUUGUUGCUGUCCUACCACAUCAGAAGCUUCUUGCUGCUUCACCCAGACUGUGUCCUGGGAUGCUGCACUGCUUGGACAAUUUCUAGGAGCAUUGACUGUCACAGUCUGCCAUGACUUCAAAUAUUUUUUUUCCCUACAUUCUGCCUUCGAAAAAUAAUCUUACUGGGGGCAUGUGCUGUGCAAACAAAAACAGUACUUCCAGCAAUGCAGGGCUGGAGAAAGCUGCACUGCUCAAAUACUAACCAACACAUAGGACAAUUUUGUGUACCUGUGCCCAGUAGAACUGAGAUUUUUUAUAAAGGGGGUGUGAAGCAAGACAGUAUUCCUGUAAUACUGUCAAAGAGCCAGGUCAAUCCUUCCCUGGCUCUAUAGCUGCCAUGUUAAAUGCCAAGCAAAGAUCAUAAACCCUUACUUGGGUGGAGACUACAAAGCCAGAAAAGGGUUAACGUGGCUCUUUGGGGUACUCUGUCUUCCCAUAGCAGCAUCCUGUCCUCAUUUUACUUCACUACUGGGAGGAGGAAUAGAAGGGGCUGCAACUACACAACAGCAGCCCCUUUACCCUGAUUGGCUUCCGCUACUUACUAAUAAACCAAAGUCACUUUUUCUUUAUACCUAAACUGAACAAAAUGCUUUGCAAAUCAUAGUAUCAUAGAAAAUUAAGGUUAAAAGGGACCUCAGGAAGUCAUUUAGUCCAAACUCCUGCUCAAAGUAGAAACAAUCCCCAAUUAGAUCAACCCAGCCGAAGCUUCGUCUAGAUGAGACUAAAAACUUCAAAGGAUAAAGAUUCCACAGCCUUUCUGGGUAACCUGUUCCAGUACUUUACUACCCUCCUAGAGGGAAAGUUUUUUCCUAAUAUCUAAUGUAAACUUACCUUGCUGCAGCUUGAGACCAUUGCUCCUUGUUCUGUCAUCUGCCACCAUGGAGAACAGUCUAGCUCCAUCCUCUUUUCAGGUAGUUGAAGGCUGUUAUUAAAUUAUUAAAUCCCCAUUCAGUCUUCUCUUCUGCAGACUAAAUAAGCCUAGUUCCCUCAGCCUCUUCAGGCAUCUGGUUUCCUCUGUUUAAAAAUCCCAACGUCUCUUAUUUGAAACCCCCAAAUCUGUGUUUUACAAUAUUAAAGCAAUUUGGAAGCCUA